AUGAGCAAGCCGACGGACCUGCAGCACGACCUGGAACGCAGCCUCCCAGCCAUAGCCUCCAUCAGCACCUCCUUCUCCCAGAGCCAGGGCUUCUCCCCGUACGGCUAAUUCUCUCCGGAGAAGAGGAAAGCCAUCUCGGACGUGAGGAGGACCUUCUGCCUCUUCGUCACCUUCGACCUGCUCUUCAUCUCUUUGUUGUGGAUAAUCGAAUUGAAUACCAAGGAUGGCAUUCAGAAGAACUUGGAGAAUGAAAUCAUCGAGUACAAUUUUCAGACCUCUUUCUUCGAUAUAUUUGUCUUGGCUUUCUUUCGGUUUUUUGUCUUGCUGCUGGCCUAUGCCAUCGUAAAGCUGCGCCACUGGUGGGUCAUAGCGGUCACUACAUUGGUAUCCAGUGCCUUCCUGAUCGUGAAGGUCAUCCUCUCCAAGCUUCUGACCAAAGGGGCUUUUGGUUAUUUACUUCCCAUUGUUUCGUUCGUCAUUGCGUGGCUGGAGACUUGGUUCCUGGAUUUUAAAGUCCUAACUCAGGAAGCAGAAGAGGAACGGUGGUACCUGGCAGCCCAGGCUGCAGCCUCUCGCGGGCCCCUGCUCUACCCCAGAGCCCUCUCCGAGGGGCAGUUCUACUCCCCACCAGAGUCCUUCGCAGGGUCGGACAACGAGUCGGAUGAGGAAGGUGCAGGGAGGAAGGUGUUGACAGCUCAGGAGAAAGAGUAUGUCCGACAAGGCAAGGAUGCUAUGGAGGUUGUGGACCAAAUCCUCGCCCAGGAGGAGAACUGGAAGUUUGAGAAAAACAAUGACUUUGGUGACGUUGUUUACACUUUUGAAAUACCUUUCCAUGGCAAGACCUUUAUUUUAAAGGCUUUCUUGCAGUGCUCUGCUGAAACGGUUUACCAGGAGGUUAUUCUCCAGCCCGAGAAGAUGAUCCUGUGGAACAGAACAGUGGCAGCUUGCCAGAUCUUGCAGCGGAUUGAAGACAACACGAUCGUCUCGUACGACGUGGCAGCUGGGGCUGCGGGCGGUGUCGUUUCCCCAAGGGAUUUCGUGAACGUGCGCCGGAUCGAGAGGAGAAGAGACAGGUACGUUUCCUCAGGGAUCUCGACCACGCACAGCCUGAAGCCUCCGCUCUCCAAGUAUGUCAGGUAA